CCGCGGAGGGCGGGGCUGGCCUCAGCCCCGGAAGCCGGAAGCGCCGGUCGCUCCGGGGUCGCUGGCCCGAAGACCAUGAGCGCGGCGGGUGGCGUUCGCCGCCGCGCGCGACUGUCACGCCUCGUGUCCUUCAGUGCGAGCCACCGGCUGCACAGGUGGGGUGUGACCACGUGUGUCACCGCAAGUGCGGGAUUUUUCCCGCUACGUCCGGGGGCGUGGCCACACGCGUGGGUUAGAGCCGAUCUGGGGCGGGCGGAAGAGGAAAUGGUGAAGGUGCGGAGCCGCCGCACUACCGAGCCUCGCCCGGGAGAGGGCGGUAGAGCUCUGAUCCAGGAGGCUCCACUCUGCAGAGGUUCCCUCCCGGGGCUGCCCCAGUCCAGAAUCAUGCAGCUGGCGGCGGGCAUCACACAGUACCCUGCACAUCCUGAAGGCACAAUGACAGGAGCAUGAGCUACCGGGUGCAACACAAGCCCCUCUCUGAGCGAUGAAGAGAACUUGACAGUGUUUGGGAAAUGCAACAAUCCCAAUGGCCAUGGACACAACUAUAAAGUUGUGGUGACAGUACACGGAGAGAUUGAUCCUGUUACAGGAAUGGUUAUGAAUUUGACUGACCUCAAAGAAUACAUGGAGGAGGCCAUCAUGAAGCCCCUCGAUCACAGGAACCUGGAUCUGGACGUGCCGUACUUUGCAGAUGUUGUAAGCACAACAGAAAAUGUAGCUGUCUACAUCUGGGAAAACCUCCAGAAACUUCUUCCUGCAGGAGCUCUUUAUAAAGUAAAAGUGUACGAAACCGACAACAACAUUGUCGUGUAUAAAGGAGACUAGAUCUUAGGGUUAAAUUAUAGGAAGGCUGAUUGCUUUUCAUAAUUGAAAAAGCCCUUUGUCCUUUAGAAUAUCCAGCAGUCACCACAUACUUGUGUUCCCAUGUUGUAUUCUAGAAUGCUGAGCAUUAAAGUAACUGUAAGAUCCAUAUUUAAAUGUAUUUAAAAAUCAGACUUUCAGUAUGUCCUGAAUAUAUAUUUGGUGAGGGAGCAGGGGAGAGCUGAGGACCCCCACCCACCCACCCAGGGCCUCACACAUGCCAAGCAUGUUGAGCUGCAUUCCAGUCCUCUCAGUGCCAUUUAGAGUAUCUUCUGUCUAGAGAUUAAAAAUUGUUUCAUACUCAGCAAAAUGUUUUGGUGUGGAAUUAUUUAAAAGCAAAAUAAAUCCAUUUUCCUUGUGUGUA